AAUGUUGGGAAACAUAUGGUUUUCCAUGCUUCACAAGUUGGAAAAACUUUUGUUUUGCUGGCCAUGUGUUCUAUGUUUCAAUUUGUGUGUCUGACGUCAUCAAUACGUGUGUACACACUGGGAAAAAACGAAAGUGUACAAGUGCCCGAAGAAAAUCUUAAACUUAAAACAAUGGAUGUUCAGCACAUAGUGUUACAGUUUUUGCUGUGGGCCAAUUGGGGUCUGGACUUGGUUUAUUGUGAACAUCUACUUCAAACCUUAACAGCUACAAUUGGUGCAGAAAAUUAUACACAUUACAGACUAAGUACUCAGGGACGUCUUCACAUUACAUUAGAAUCAAUAGUAGGGGAUGCUGACUUAUACAUAUCUGAUAAUACUUUAUCUCCAAACUUUGAAGAUUAUGUUAUACAAUCAAACACCUGUGGGAUGGAAGAAGUAGAAAUCCCAAGUACUAUGAAACGACCUGUAGGUAUAGGAAUCUAUGGUCAUCCUAAUUAUAAAAUGUCUGAAUACAGAUUGUCAAUAUACUUCUUAAAACAAUAUGAUGAUGCAAAUUAUGGCCAAUUAGUUCAUUCAUAUAACAAAUUAGAUGGAGAAGAUAAUAACGAAGAAGGAUACCAAACAUAUGAUUACUCAUCAUCACAGUAUAGUGCAGGGACUCGGGGCAGUCAGCAGGAAGAGGGAGAAUCAGCUUGGUCUGUUAUUGGUACCAUUCUGUCCACUAUUUUGAAAAUCAUCUUUGAAAUCUUAUUAUAACGUCAGUGAAUAUAUUAUUUGGUAUGAUAGAUGUACGUUCUAAUGCCCUGUGUGGAAAUGUUGUAAAGAUCAGAAGGGUCUUGACAGUUGAAUAUAGUAACCCUGUAGUGAAGUGGUUGCAUGAAUCAAUAAUUAAACUACAUUUAAAGUUUUUUGAGACGUGACUAUUUUUACUUUUUGAUAGAAGAUUUUUUAAAUGGUGAAGGAUAUUUACCUUAAAUUGCCAGAAGUAUGGUUUGUGAUAAGAAGUCUUCAUGAACAGAUAAAGUUCAAAAAUUAUAUUUGUUAUCAUGGCAAUAAUGAUCAAUAAUGUAUUAUAGAUAAUAUACAUGCCGUUAAAAUAAAAAUUAAAUAACAGAAAAAAUAAAUUAAACUUCAUUUGUAUCUUAUUUAGAAAUUAUAGAAAAAUUACAACAGCAUUAAUUUUGAUAGGAAUAAAAGAGGAUGUACAUGUAAGGUGUAUGUCAGUGAGGCACUACAACAAAUGUCUACACAAUUUUACAAAUUCUCUCUUGAGUAUUUUCAAAUUGUGAAUGAAUUGAAAAGAAACAUUGAAAGAUCUGCAAUCAGCAUCUAAUUCUCCCAAUAAUACAAAGCAUUGAGAUACAGAGGCUGAUUUACAGAGGAUGUCUGGGUCCCCUUUAUGGAGCUACAUUUGUGGUAAAAGCAACUGUUCAUGAAUUACAUAAAUUAGCAUCUUUUUCAACAACAUAAAAACAUAUACAUUUGUUAGGUUGAAUUAUAAUUUUUUGAAGAUAACAUUUUUUUUUUUGCCAAUUUUGUAACAUUAUGAAAAUACUUUUUUUAUUUUAUAUCUUUGUAUGAACAUUAUAUUGAAAAGUAUGAUAUAUGCAGCAUCCGAAUCAUAACAUUCCUACAACAUAAUGUUCAUGUAGGUUUUCAGCGAUUAAACCAAUAAAGGUGGUACCUAACACUACAGGGAGAUAACUCUCUAAAAUCAGCUAAACGUUUUAAUUACCGACCGUGCAAGGGCUGUAUAGCCAGUCAAGGGCGUUAACAACUUCCAUUUGUUGUAUUACGUUGUGUUGUUAAGGGAAUAUUAAGCCUCUCAAUGAUCAAAAUAUGUGUUUGUCAAACUGCUAUAUAACCGGUGUAUUUUUUUUAAUACAAUUUUGGUUUAAAUUAUAUUUUUUUCAAAGGGUUAAAGUAAAUACUUUGUCCAAUUUUUAUCAAAAUUAAACGAACCAAAUUAAUUUUAGUGAAAAUGUUGGGUACCACCUUAAGAUAGAUGUGUUGAUAAAGUGUGAAUUUAUCUUGAUACAUUAAUAUAUAUUUGAUACAUGUAUACAUUUUGUACCUCAGAAUAAAAACUAAAAUAUUGUAAUUACAGAAAUACAAUCAUCUUGCUUAAUGAUUUAUUGAAUGCAUGUUGACAGUGGAUGCGUUUUAUAUUCUAUACAUGUACAUGUACUAUAAUGAAAUGAAGUGAACACCUCAUUCACCUAAUAUAAGUAAUUUUUCUAGAAUCAUAGAAAAGACUGACUGUUAGUUUUGUUUAAAAUAGAAAUUGUAUUACACUUUUAUUGUGAUAGGGCCAGAAAAAAAUACUUGUGUUUCGGGUUUUCCUUUCUACACUUAAUUUUAUAAUUCAGAAUGCCUACAUUAUUUUAUUUGAUCAUUUGGAAGAUUGAAAGCUGUCUUGAUAUAAACCAUGUAAAAAUUUCCUAUAUAGGAUUGAUUUUUUUAUUAGCAUAGUAUUCAUUUAUAGUUUCAGAAUGUAAAUGGUUAAGACCAUAAUUAAAGUGUAAACAAAUACUAGGGGGCUUUUUUUAUAAAUUUUAUCUCGGAUAGAGACUAACUUAGCAUUAAAGUGCUGUUAUUUUGUUUUGUGUUGUGUCAAGUGCAUGUAGGAAGGUUUUUUCAUGAAAUAAUAGACAUAUAAGGCCUUCUUUUCCAUUGUUUAUGUAAAAGAACAGUAAAGUUGAGCUUGUUAGAGUAAACAGAUGAAAACUGAAAAUGUGUUUGUACAUUGUAGUGGACUAUAUGUAAUAAGUUUAAAUGAAAACUAAUAUAUAUUAAUAUGAAGCAUAUGUACGUUUAAAAAUGAAGAACCAGUGUUCUCAAUUAUAAAAAAAAUGCCAUAUCAUCAGAAACUGUGGCUUUGGCAAAGAGACUUACUUUUGUUUUGUUUUUUCCACAUGUAUAUCACAAUUUUGACAAUUCUGUUUUCAAUUCCAGUUUUUAUGUUCAUAUCUAAGGUACAGGGAUUAAGUGAAGCUUGUAUUUUAUAGAUUAAAUGUGGAUAUGAUUACUUUAAGUUAGUGUUUUCUGUGCAUUUUUGAUAUAAUUAAUAUAAACAAUGGAUACAAAAUUUUUGUAGAAAAAAUGAAACCACCACUUUAUUUUGUUGUUAAAUGUUGCCCAAAAUGUGCCUGUAUUUGAAUAAAAAAUAUUUUGUU